CUUUUUUUCUCACUGUCCAACUGAAACAUUCCUACACAGUGUAGUGCGCGUCCUGCCAUGCUUCUCAGGCUGUAGUUUUGGAUCGCCUGGACUGUCUUUGUCUUCUUGCAUUCCUGAGUCAUGGCUCCGUUUGGAAAGAACUUCCUAAAGGCCCGGCUCAAGAACAGGACAAAACAAGCUGAUCCUGUGGUUGGGAAAGAGAUUCAGGUCACCGUCUGCAAUGAGGAGAAGGUCGUCUGUGGAGUAACAAAGCACACGACAUGCACAGAUAUGAUCCAGGCCUUACUGGAGGACCACAAGUCCCUACCAGAGAGCAAAAGGCUCCUGGAUGGGGAACCCAAAGACUUCUGUCUUGUGGAGCGCUGGAGAGGGAUUGAACGGGCGUUACCGCCUCUCACCAGAAUCCUGAGGCUCUGGUAUGCUUGGGGCGAUGAAAGACCCUUCAUCCAGUUUGUUCUCAUGAAGACCAGCGAUUUUGUGCCACAGGCAGCCAAGAAGGGUGGAAAGUCCAAAGGUGCCCGGCCCAAGAGAUGGGAGCUUAAUCAAGCUCAGUACGCCCAGCCUCUGCCAGUGGACAAGCAGAAGCGUAUGGUGAGAAAGGCUUUCCGGAAGCUGGAGCAGCUUCACAAGGAAAACCGGAGCUCCCCGGGCGCCGAAGAGGUGGAACGGAUGGUGCAGCUUAUUCUCAACCAAGACCACACCAUCAGAGAGCAGAUCCAGCGGAUGAGGGAACUAGAUGCGGAGAUUGAGCGGGUUCAGAACCACCCUCAGCAGAGGGGGGACUCUGAAAGCUCAGUGGAUCAGGCCUGCAGCCUGGCAGCCAGCAAUGAGGAGCAGCUGCAGAAGUACCUCUACACCUGUGAUAGCAUUGAGCAACUGGAAACGCAGGUUAAGUGGCAUGAAGAUUUCAUCAUACAUCUUUCCUUGGAAAUAGACGCAGAGUUAAGGAAGUUUAGCCUCCCUGCGGUUCCAGAAGAGGACAGCGAGCAGAAAGGAGCCGCGGCUCCCGCUCUCCCUGACACGGACGAGUCUUUCUACAAAGCAGAACUGGAGAGGCUGCAGGAUGAAAUGAAACACAGCCUGAUCAGUGGAGUGACUCUGCAAAACCAAGUCGCGGAAAUAGACAAGCAGUUGAUGUUUCUGGACAGUUCACUGAUAGCCAAGGACCAGGAGUGCUGGCAGCUGGCCACUCAGUUUAACUCGCUGCAAAUCAUGGACAGCAUGGAGGAAAAGAAGCCCAGCCUUGUCCUUGAUGAAGCUCAGAAUAGCCUGACCAGGACAGUAAAAGCCAAACCCAGCCUGUCCCCUGCAGACGUUACAGACACAGACUCAGACACUGGGAUUAGCUCCACGCACAGUCAGGACUCUCUGUCGCCAUGUCUCGACUUCCCUCCCCCGCUUGAUACAGAUGUUUAGAGAAACACUCACACCAGUCACAGGUUAUGCUUUAACAUGUCUUGUUUAUUUGACGUUUUAGGCUAUGUAGAUUUAUUUUAAACAAGAAAAAAAUGUACUCUUGCUUUUAUAGAGUGAUAUUUAUUGGUUAUUUUUUCAGGUUUAUCAUAUUUUUUGUAAAAAAAAAAAAAGCUAUUUUGUUAAAACCUUCAAGACACCACUGCUUAAUAUGUAAAUCGUGAAAUGUUUAAUCAAACCCCUUUUGAUUGAUUUCAAGCAUUCAGUCACUGUCAUCAGUUAUAGAACAUUUCUUUAACAAUACAUAAAUGCCUGCAGGAAAAUUACCAAUGAUGCAAAUGAUAAAAAAGGUUUCAGUUAGUAUAAAAAUACAAAUAAAAUGAUGAAAUUAUUACUUAGAAAGAGCUUACAAGCAAAGGGCUGAACAGUAGUGGAUGAAAAAAGAUCAUCCAAAGCAAACAAUAGUAAAAACCUUUAGUGGUCAAGCUAAGUUUAGAUAUAGGUGGGUUAUUCGCUUGGCUUUAAAAGCCUCUGCAGACAAGCCUGCAAAAUGUCCAGAUUUGGGAUAGAGUGGAAUAUUUGCAUUGUUUUUCUUUUCUUGUAUUGGUAUCACUCAAUAUGUUCAUAUGUUGGCUGCUUCAUCAGUGCAUUCAUUAGUGCAUUCAUCA